AUGGCAACAACGUCGCAGCCACAGCCAGCGCCCUUAAAGGUCCUCAUCUCGGGAGCCGGCAUGGCCGGUCCCGCACUCGCUUACUGGCUCACGCGCCUGCCGUCUCCCCUCCGCUGUGACAUCAAAGUCAUCGAGCGGCACCCGCAGCUGCGUGACUCGGGCCAGCAGAUUGACCUGCGCGGGCAGGGCAUCGUCGCAAUGCGGCGGAUGGGCAUCGAGCCCGCCGUCCGCGCGAAAGGCGUCGACGAGCAGGGCGCCAAGGUGAUCGAUAUGCGCGGCAAGCUGCAGGCCUGCUUGGAGGCCAACAAGACGGGCCAGGGCGCGCAGGGUUUCACGUCGGAAUGGGAGAUCAUGCGCGGCGAUCUCUGCGACAUCCUCUACGACCUCACCCGGGACGCCCCCAACGUCAAGUACGUCUUUGGAGUCUCGGUCGAGAGCUUCACCCAACUGGCCGGCGGCAGAGUGCGCGUCACACUGUCCGACGGCAGCGAGGACGAGUAUGAUUUGCUCGUGGGAGCCGACGGGAUCGGGUCACGCAUUCGCAAGCAAAUGUUUGCAGGCAAGCCAAAUCAGAUACGGUCCAUGGGGAUCGCCCUCGCCCUUUUCACCAUUCCACCACACGAAAGUGACGAAAACUUCGCUGUCGUCUGUCAUCUUCCCGGGAAGAAAAUGAUCCUCACGCGCAGGGACAGCCCUGACUGCCUGCGCGUGACUUUCGUGUAUGGAGGGCACAACGACGAGCUCUCCAGGGCUCUGAAACAUGGUACAGUCCAGGAGCAGAAGGAGGUAUACGCCAGGCUUUUCGGGGAGCACGCGGCAGCAGCCUCACAAGCGCAGCUGCCCCGAUUUCUGGACGGCAUGAACUCUCAACUCGCCGACGACUGGUAUACCCAGGACGUAGCGCAGCUACGGCUGGAUACAUGGUCGAGCGGAAACGUGACGCUCCUUGGAGAUGCGGGUUAUUGCCCGACCGUCUUGACAGGUAUGGGGACCACGCUCGCCCUUGCCGGUGCCUACGUUCUCGCUGGGGAAGUUGCCCGUGCAUGUGCGAAGGGUGUGAAGGAGGGGCGAACCAACCUGGCCCAACACAUACCCGCGGCGCUGUCAGGAUAUGAAAAGACAUACAAGCCGUUUGUUUUGGAUGUGCAGAACAGCGCACAACCCAAACUCUUCAGAACAUUUCUCCUGCCCGAGACCCGCUGGGGCAUCGGGUUCCUCCAGUGGGUCGCUUGGUUGAUUGUGACGCUGCGCAUCGACAAGCUGGCGAGCCGGUUUGGAAGCGACGAUGUCGGUGCGUGGAAGCUCCCUCACUACGAGGAGCUUGGAGCUUAA